UCAAUUGGAUAUAAAAAGUAAUAGUUUGUAUACUACUAGUUGUUGAACGACCAAGUAAAUUGCAUUGUAUCGAUUGUCAGUGAUAGGCAGGACAUGAAAGCUCUCUGUACUCUCUGCUCUAUGAUUGUUUGUGAUCUGGAUUUCUGAAUGGCGUCCUUGUUUUGACAAAAGAACAGCGGAAUGCGUCAAGCAUUUCUAGAAGCAUAUGUGGAUACAGCGGGCUACUAAUCAACGAAGUACUUAUAAGAAAAUACUUACAAAGUGGAAGAAAAUAUUAUGUCAAGACAGAUGAUGAGCGAAGAAAGCCAUCCGAGAACCUUGUAUGUAGGGAAUUUGGAUGCUUCGGUAUCUGAAGAUCUUCUGUGUGCCUUGUUCUCGCAGAUUGGACCCGUCAAAGGCUGCAAAAUCAUCCGUGAGCCCGGAAACGAUCCGUACGCCUUCUUGGAGUUCACGAAUCAUCAAGGAGCCGCUACUGCCUUGGCUGCGAUGAACAAGAGGUUAUUUCUUGACAAAGAAAUGAAGGUAAAUUGGGCCACUUCACCAGGUAACCAACCAAAACAAGACACAAGUAACCACUAUCACAUAUUCGUAGGCGAUCUAAGUCCAGAAAUUGAGACACAGACGCUUAGAGAAGCUUUUGCUCCUUUUGGGGAAAUUUCCAACUGCAGAAUAGUCAGAGAUCCACAAACAUUAAAAUCAAAAGGUUAUGCCUUUGUAUCCUUUGUCAAAAAGGCAGAGGCGGAGAGUGCCAUAUCUGCAAUGAAUGGUCAGUGGCUAGGUAGUCGAAGCAUUCGAACAAACUGGUCUACAAGGAAACCACCACCGCCAAGAAGUGAACGACCUCGCCAUGGAAAUACAAAAGCUCCAACAUUUGAUGAAGUAUAUAAUCAGUCCAGUCCUACAAAUUGUACUGUUUAUUGUGGUGGAUUUAUAAACGGAAUAACUGAAGAGUUGAUGCAGAAAACAUUUUCUCCAUUUGGUACUAUCCAAGAUAUCCGUGUCUUCAAAGACAAGGGCUAUGCAUUCAUCAGAUUCUCGACAAAGGAAGCAGCCACCCAUGCUAUUGAGGCAGUUCAUAACACGGAGAUCAAUGGACAGCCAGUGAAGUGCUUUUGGGGAAAGGAGACUGGUGAUCCUAACCAUGCUCAGAGUACAGGGCAAGCUCCAGCUGGAACUCAGUACCCAUACGCUUAUGGCCAGCAGAUGGGAUACUGGUAUCCACAGAGUUACCAAGCAACUGCAGCAACAGCAGCAGCUGCACAGAUGCAGGGUCAGUACCUGCAAGGCAUGCAAGGCUACCCAUAUGGACAGUUUGGCUACCAGCAGGGAUACAUGAGCAGGAUGGGGAUGCAGGUGCCAACUUGGCAAGGUAUGCCAGCACAAGCACAAGUUCCAGGCACAGCACAGCAGAUGGCUGCAGCAGCACAGGGUGCCGCAAUGCAGCAACAGGGUGCUGGCAUGAUGGCUUAUACAAUGCAACAGUUUCAGACACAGUGAUGAGCAUAGACCAUCUAGACUAUGCACACAGUGAGAGAGAUGGAGAGAAGUCGGUUAAAUUAUAUGCGAUGCAGAAAUUCACUAAGGACAAUUGGUAAGCCGUUAAGCACAGAAAAAUUUCAACUCAAGGCAAAGACUUUUCAUUGCAUCAAUCUUGACCAGUCUUGCCCAAGAAAAUGGGAAUGGAAGAAAGAUGGUUUUGGCUUUAUAAAUAUAAGGGAAACCUUCCUGUAACAUGACAAAACCAUUUUUUUACUCCACCAUUUUAUCGGACACUUGUGUCAUCAUGAUUUGUGUAACAUAUAAACACUGAUAUGGAAACCUGUCGUGUAUUAUUUUAUCAUUACAUCAGUAUCUGUACUCCGAUGCAUAUAAAACACCACUCAGUUUUGUUAUAAGUCUAGCAAGGCAGGUAGUGUUCAGUUUGAAUUUAAAGUACAGAAGUAUAUUUGAAAUGUAAUCAGUGAUACGAUUGUGUAGAUUUGCUAGCAUGUCUGAUCUUUAGCCAUGGUCCUGCAUUCUCUUUCUUAUGAAAAAUAAAGUGAAAUGGGAGAGCCAGUUUAUAUAACCAGCAGGACAUAUCUCUCAUAUUGUGGCAAAACACAGAAAUUAAGUUUUUCCAGUUGUGUGGAGAAAUGUGCUGUCUGAAUCCAGUGAUGAAGUGAUGAUUAUUUGAUUGCGCUUACCUCUUUAAUACAGGCAUUGUGGAUAUUUUUUCCAUUUUUGUCAGAUGGUUUGAUGCUCACAAAAGAAAUUUGACCCAUAUUGCUAAGCCUUAGGCUUUGAAACAGAGACUGUUCCUGCUGGUGAUCUCUGUUUUGAGAUGAGUAAGGCAUUCACUAACAAAGUAAAAAUUAGAUUUAAGUUUCAAUCAGUAAUUGUCACAAAGCAUGUAUCUCUGAAGGUAACUGUGCUGAAUUUGAUUCUUCUUGAUUGUUAUAAUAAAAUAUUUGGGUCUGGGA